ACGACAGACACUCACACGCGUCUCUGUGUACGUAAGAUCUUGCCAACCACAGAAUAUUAAUCCCUUCCGAGAUAUCCCCAACUUCACGGAAUACUUGAACCAUGGCUAAGCUGAUGAGAAAACAAAAGACCGAGGACAUCGAGAUCCUCGAGGAGUCAAAGCUCGAGAACGGGCUCGAGAACGGCCUUGAGAUGCACAUGCCCGAGGAUUUGCAGAUGGAUGAGCACUACGGCUCGUCUGGAUACGAUAAUGAAGUGGACGAGCAGGUGGACGCGGCGAUGGAGGCGGCGAUGGGCCCGAAGAAACGCGCGGCGGGGCGCAAGCCGCGCGCACGCGAGAUGAGCAAGGCAGAAUUAGCCUCGCAGUUGUUGGCGUUAAAUCCACCAGUUUUGAACCCGCAGUUGCCAACACCCGAUCAAUACCAGCCGUCCACUGAUGCCGAAACAGGCUUCAUGAUCACGCCUGCGACACCGGUAUUGCAGUUUGACUCGCGCGACGCGUUGAUGGAAUACAUCAAAGAGUUUGCGUUGAUCAAUGGGUUUGGGAUUGUCAUUGCGCACUCGAACAAAAAGGCUAUCUACUUCACCUGUGAGUUGGGCGGCGACUACCGCCGCAAGAAGGCAUCGUCUGGGACCGCGCACGCGCCACCACCAGUAGUUCACGGGCCAGACUUGGAGCUUGAGCAGGGCUUGGUCCCUGUGGACCAGCACGCGUCUCUUUUGGAGCAGCAACAGCAGCUCCAGCAACAGCAGCAGAUCUUGCAACAGCAACACCUCCAGCUCCAGCUCCAGCAGGCGACGUCGUUGAACGCGCAGUUGAACCUUGCGCCAACAAUCAACGCAACUAAGAAGACCAAGUGCCCGUUCUCGAUGACCGCGAACCACAAGAAGUCGACGCGCAUCUGGACGUUGAAGACGAUCGAAAACCAUCACAACCAUGCCAAAUUGGAUCCCUUGACGUCGCACCCCAUGUUGCGCAAGCGGUCCGACGAGUUGAACAUGACGAUCAUCUCGUUGUACAAGCAGGGGACGAAGCCGCUUGUGAUUGAGAAAAUCUUAAAGGAUCGUUUCCCGAAGAUCUUGAUCAAGCGCGAGGAUAUCUACAACGAGAUUAGGUCGUUCAAGCGCAAGAUCCGUAUGGGCGUGGACGUUCACGUGGACGACUCGUAUGCGCUUGGAGCGGUUGAAGCAGUAGUGAAUGCUGCCAAUGCUGCAAUGGCGGUGUCUGGGAAUGCUAACUACAAUGCCGCGACACUCGCAGCUGCGAUAUCGAGUGCGAACGCAGCUAAGCUCGAGAUGGGUGCCGCCGAUUUGAGCCAGUUGCAGAAGCAUAUGCUUGAUAGCCACGAGGUGGCGGUCGCCGCGGCAGCCGCUCAUGCCCAGGCCCAGGCGCACGCGCACGCGCAAGCAGCGCACGCCGCCGCAGCUGUGGCAGCUGCCGCGUCCGCCGCACAGGAGUCGCUUGAUGAGUAUCAGCCUACGGAUACGCCGUUGGAGAAUAUUGACACGCGGCUCGUGGACGGGGAUGACCAGGACUGAGAUGUGAAGCAUCGAAUCAGGUGAAGUACCGGACGGAACAAUAGUGGGUAAGUACCGGAUGAGCAGGUUAAGAUUGUUAAGAAUUGUAUUUUAUUUUAAAAGUGUGCGAAGCACCGAACGAAUAGCACGUAAGAGCGAGGAAGGUGUGAGCACGGGUACUUGGCGGACCGAAGCUAGCAUUUCGGCGAAAUUGUUCAGAAGCUUUAGACGGAUGUUGGAGGCAAACCAGAGUUUAUCAGAUACACGGAUAAGCAGUGGAAAGGAAAUGACGAAUAGAGGUCACCUGUGAAGCCUAGCAUUCCGGCAAGUCGCACAUGCACAUCAGGUUCGCAUAGCAACACCUUCAGUCAAAAGGAUAAAAACUGAGGGCUUAUCUUGAGAUUUGAACGCUG